UUUAUCAUAAAAGUAUAAAACUAGUUAAUUGUUACAUUUUUCAUUUCCCUAUUCUUUAAUUUGUUAAUUGUUGCGUUUAUCAUAUAAGUAAAAAAACUAGUUAAUUGUUAAUUGUUGCAUUAAAGUAUAAAACUAGUUAUAUAUUACAUAUUUCAUUUCUUUAUUAUUUAAUUUGUUAAUUGUUGCAUUUAUCAUAAAAGUAAAAACUAGUUAAUUGUUAAUUGUUAAUUGUUGCAUUAAAGUUUAAAACUAGUUAAUUUUAUUAGUAAGUGGAUUCUUGGAAAUUUGCUAUAAUUUUAUUAGUCGCAUUUUAUCAUUACUAUUGUACUCAUAUUAAAACAUUUGAUAUCAUAUAAUAUUUGUUACAUUUUUAAAAUGGACCGUGGUAGACAUUCCGUAGAUAUGAGUAAUCUCCAACGCAACCGAAGGAAGGAGAUUGCGACAAGGCAUCCUAGUUUACGCAAAGACAAAGGUAAAGGGCGGGCCGAAUCUUCUUCUCAAAGUCGAGAAGAUUUUGAAACGGGAUACCAAAGGCGAGAUGUGGAUGCAAUGUCCGACGAGCAACUACAACAACUAUUGGCGCAAAAUGAUGGUCGCUUUUUCCAACAACAAAACAUCUCGGAGUCCAUUGAUGAAGAGGAGCUCGAGGAUGACGAUGCGGAGGACGACGAGGGGGGCGACGGGACUCACGGCACCCCGGAUGAUGAGCAAGAGUUGGAGAACGAGGGCGGUUCAUCCCAAGUUGGUAAGAAAUCUAAAUCUCCUAUUAUAGAAAAUAAUUUUACAAAGAGGAAAAGACAAAACAGCCGAUAAAUGGUACGCAAGUUGCGAUCAUUGCAAGGAGUAUAGCUUGGGAACUUCCGACGGAUACGGGAGCCUCAAAAGGCAUCUUAAGUCCGCGCACUCUAUGGAGUAUGCGAAAAUAGACAAAGGCAAGGGGAAGCAAACUUAAAUAUCGAGGUUUGUAAAUGACCAACCUUUUGGUAAUUUCUCAUACAAUGAUGCACGAAAUUUGACUGGUAUGGCUAACUUACUUGUUGAAGAAAAUUUGCCUUAUUUGUUUUCUAAAAGUCUUGCUUUUAAAGAGUAUGCACAAACUUGUUUAAACCCUCAAUUUAGAGGUUAUAGUCGCAAAAUGGUUAAGAAAGAAAUUAUAAGGUUUUAUCGUGCGGAAAAGGAUAGGUUACAAAAUUUUUUGCAAACUUUGAUGGCCGUGUAACUAUUUGUUCUGACAUUUGGGAGGAUACUUAUCAUAAUUUACAUUAUUUGGGCUUGACUGCACAUUUUAUUGAUAAUGAUUGGAAUUUGCAUAAAUGUGUUCUUACUUUUCGUGAAUUUAAUGAUCGUCACACCGCUGAACAUAUUUAUAUUUUGAUUGAACGUAUUUUAACUGAGUAUAAUUUGAUUAAUAAGGUAUUUGUUAUAGGUUUUGAUAAUGCUAGUAAUAAUACUGCUGCUAUACCUAGAUUGCGUGAAUUGUGUGGUUCUAAUACUUUGACGGGUAGAUUUUUUCAUCAACGAUGUGCAUGCCAUAUUAUAAAUUUAUGUGUGCAAGACGGUAUAAAAGCGUUAGGAGAUGCCAUGGAAGUAGUCAAGGGGGGGAUUAGACGUAUUUGGGGCAAUGGUCAACUUAAAUUAAAAUGGCAAAAUUAUUUGAUUGAAAGAGGUGUGAAAUAUGUUGCUUUUUCUAAAGAUUUGUCUAUUUGGUAGGAUAGUACUUAUAAAUUAAUUAAAGUUCUUCUUAGAUAUAAAGAACAUUUUCCUGCUUUUUUAAGACAAUAUGAUAACUAUAUUUUAAACUCCGCUCAUAUCGACACUUGCGAAAAAAUUUGUAAUGUUUUGAUAUAUUUUAAUAAUGCAACUGAUAGUUUUAGUCAUGUUUAUAAACCUACCUCAAACGAAUUUAUUCGUGAAGUUGUUAAUCUCACCGGUGCUUUUAAUGGAUUUGAGAAUGCCACUUACGUGAGUUAUUUUUGUGGUUUUAUGAAGGAAAAGUUUUUAAAAUAUUAUGCACAUAUUCCGCAUAUUUAUGGUAUUGCAUUUAUUCUCGAUCCUCGUUAUAGACUUGGUAAUUUGGAAGAAUGUUUGAAGUUCUAUUAUAAUGCCUUUUUUGGUCCAUUUCCAAUGUAUGACGAUAACGCCAUAGGUCUGCAAGUUGAAUACAACGAGGUUAGUAAUUUAUUUUAUGUCUUAUUUAAUGAGUUUCGUGCACAAUAUGACAACGCGCCCCCUCUCCCGACACACACAUCUUCAUCUAAAGGAAAAUCACUUUUAAAUCUGCUUUUGGCAAUCUUGUGAAAAAAACUAAAACAACUCACACUACUGAACAAAGUGCACUUAAUGAGAUUUCUUUGUAUAUAAAUUAUGAGGUAGAAUUUGACGAAAAUGAGGAGUUUGACGUUCUAAAGUGGUGGAAGUCAAAAGAAAGAAUGUUCCCGAUUUUGGCACGGAUGGCUAAGCAAGUGCUAUCAAUGUCAGUUUCAACAGUUGCUGUGGAACAAGAAUUUAGUUCGGUCGGCAACGUUCUAACGGCAUCUAGAAUGAGUUUGAGCACUGAGUCUCUUGAGACGCUUAUAUGCUACCACGAUUGGUUGAAGGUCAUACAUAGAAUUCAAGAAAUUAGCAUCACCCCCUCUCAAGACUUUAUGGAUGAAUCAACAACCGAGGGUGGCUCCUAUGCCGGAGAUUCCGAUUGAUUAGUAUUUUACAAUUUUUUAUAAAAUGUAUUUCAUGUUUUAAUUUUCCC